UUUGUCCCUUUUCACGAAUUAAAACCGCCUCCCCUUUUCUUCAUGACGCCAUGUUGGGUUGGUUUCCGAGCAAACGAUUGGCUGUAUGACUGCACCCUCACCCCUUUUCCCUCUGUCCUUUUCACAUUUAAAGCAGAGCCACAUCAUUCUCAUUUAGAUACUCAAAACCAACCCAACAAAAUAAAGAACGCAGGAUGGACCACAGGCACUUGUCACAGGACGAAGUUAAUGAACUGAUCCAUCAGUCCCACAAGGCCAAAGAGUUUUCUUACUCUCCCUACAGCAAAUUUAGAGUGGGAGCUGCACUCAAGACUCGAGAUGGCCGUGUCUUUACAGGUUGCAAUGUGGAGAAUGCAUGUUACAAUCUGGGAGUGUGUGCUGAAAGAAAUGUUAUUGCAAAGGCCGUGUCAGAAGGUUACAAAGACUUCAUUGCCAUUGCCAUCGCCAGUGAUAUGGAAAAAGAGUUCAUCUCCCCAUGUGGAGGCUGCAGACAAGUCAUGAGAGAGUUUGGGGGUAAAUGGGACGUUUAUCUGACAAAGCUGAAUAAGUCGUACGAGAAGAUGACUGUGGACGAGCUACUGCCCCGCUCUUUUGGCCCCGAUGACCUGUCCAAGAAGGUGUCCAACAUUCCCAGCAAUCACUGAGUUUGGAUUAUAUGACAAGUUAAUUUACAGAAACAAGAUGAGAUGCACUCUGUUUUAGCAUACAGUCUUCUCCACAUUUAUUGUCAUCUUUAGUAAAGUAUGAUUUAAAAAAGAAAAACAAAUCUAUAGAACAGAAGCAUAUCUAGUUGCAAUAGCUUAAUCUCAAACUGAAAAAUGUGCGUUGGUCUUCAUCUCCCUUAUGUUUAAAGGUGAGAUGUUAUUUUUUGGAGCCAUUAGGACCCUGACUUAUGGAGCUUAACAUACAUUUCCCUAAUUUGAAUAGCACGUUCUCAUGUUUUUUCAUGUUGGGGAUCUAAGAUACAACAUACUACUUUAAAUAAUUAAAUGUCUAAUAAAAAUAUAUAUAUUAGUUGAGUUUUUCUAAAAGUUUCAGUGAAGCUCCUGUACCGCAAUAAAAGAAAUUCACUUAAAAGUGUUUUUGUUUGUUUUGCACACACCUUUAACAGUAAACACCACAUGUUUAGCAGCAGUUAUAUUCAUGAUUAAUACCAAAUUUUGUGUUGUCUGCUAACAAACAAUAUUUAAAUGUCCUAUAUCCACGUUAUAAAAAUAUGAACAGAGAUUUGUUUUCAGUUUUGCACCACUGACUCAAAAACAACCGAUGCCCUGUUAAUGU